UGUUCACCAAAUCACCAGCGCACCCUAUCUCCACUGCUCCGCCCCACACCGCCACCUUUCUCUUGUGUCGCCGUCUCCUUUCUCCUCCACGAAGGUUCUUCCACUCCUUCCCCAUCUGCCCAUCUCCCUCCAGUUCCCAACGUUCUAUCUAUUCCCCAUCCCUUCUAAAUCAGCCACGGAUCUAUAAAAUUGACCACAAAUCAAGCUUGUAGUGGCUGUGUCAGAUCUGCCUCCUCUUCUUCCACAGAUCAAGUCAGAGAUCCUCUUCUCCCUCCUCCACAAAUCAAGCAGGAGCUCGUCGUCCUCCUCCAACAAAGUGUGCCUAGUCGAAGAGGGGUUGCAGUGGAAAAGCCAUGCAAGCAGUUCGAUCCAAGGCCGGAGAAGAAGCUGUUGAGGAGGGGACUGCCGCGAAGGAGAUGUAGUUGAGGACGUCCUCGACUCCUCCCAACCACUGCUCUCCUCGUUCCCCAAAACGUCGGCAAGAAAUGGUUGUCCCGAUCAAUAUGAAUUGUUUAUUCGCUCAAGUCCAACAGAGUUUGGAGUUCGGUUUUCCAGCCCCAUGAUUCGAUCUUGUCCAGCUGCCCUCACAGUGCACCACAGAGAAAACUGCACACGGUCACAGUGAGAGCAAGCAAAGAGAGGAAAGAGGAGGCCAUGGAGGCUGCGGUGGUGAGCGCAUCGGGCGGCGCCAUGGGCUCCCUGCUUCGAAAGCUUGGUGAGCUGCUCACAGCCGAGUACAAGUUGCUCAAAGAAGAUAAGGGGCAGAUCAUGUUCCUAAAAGCUGAGCUCGAGAGCAUGUAUGUCUUCCUGAAGAAGAUCUCGGAUUCAGAGGAGCCUGACGAGCAAGACAAGUGCUGGGCCAAGGAGGUUCGCGAGCUGUCCUAUGACAUCGAGGACAGCAUCAGCGAGUUCAUGCUCCGCGUGGAACGUGACUCCAGCAAGCCACACGGAUUCAAAGGGUUCAUCACCAGGAGCACCAAGUUGCUGACAACAAUGAACACUAGGCAUGAGAUUGCAAAAGAGUUUGAAGGCCUUAAGAUCCGUGUCAAGGAGGCAAGUGAGCGGCGCACGAGGUACAAGAUUGACGACACUGUCCCAAAGCAAAACAACACAACCAUCGAUCCUCGCUUGUUGGCGCUCCAUGCGGAGACGACGAGCCUUGUCGGUGUCAAGGGACCAAGAGACCAGCUGAUUCAGUUGAUGGAUGGAGAGGGUGUGCCUGCGCAUCAGCUAAAGGUGCUCUCUAUUGUGGGCUUUGGAGGUCUCGGAAAGACUACGCUUGCAAAUGAGAUUUAUCACAAGCUUGAGGAGAAGUUCCAGUCUCGAGCUUUUGUUUCUGUGUCCCAAAAACCAAACAUUAGGAAGAUUCUGAGAAGCAUAUUAUCUCAAGCUGGAUUUAUAGCUCCUAAGGACACCAACAUUGAAAUGUGGGAAGAGUCUGAAUUGAUCAUUGCACUGAAAAAUUUCCUAUUGGACAAGAGGUACCUCAUUGUAAUCGAUGACAUCUGGGAUGCUUCUGCAUGGGAUAUUAUCAGAUGUGCUCUUCCGGAGAACACGAAUGGUAGCAGAGUAAUAACAACUACCAGAAUUGAGGCUGUGGCUAGAGCUUGCUGUAGUAAUCACAUUGAAUGUGUUUACAAAAUGAAGGCCCUUAGUGACCAAGACUCAAGAAGCUUAUUCCUCAAAAGAAUAUUUGGUUCAGAGGAUAUGUGCCCUUCAUAUUUGAACGAAGUGUCGUCUGAAAUUUUGAAAAAAUGUGGUGGCUUGCCACUUGCAAUUAUCACAACAUCUAGCCUGUUAGCCAAUCAGCCAAACAAGCUUAAAAAGGAGCAGUGGGAGUAUGUACGGAAGUCUCUAGGCUCCAACUUUGAAGUGAGCCCAAGCUUGGAAGGCAUGAGACAAAUAUUGAAUCUCAGCUACAUAAAUCUUCCUCAUUAUUUGAAGACUUGCAUGCUAUAUCUUGGUAUUUAUCCAGAAGACUACACAAUUGACAAGAAUGAUUUGACUAGGCAAUGGGUUGCUGAAGGAUUUAUAUGUAGAGAUCGUGGGAUAGAUCCAGAGGAUAUUGCAAAGAGCUAUUUUAAUGAGCUUAUCAAUAGAAGUAUGAUUCAGCCUGUAGAUACAGACUAUAAUGGUGAGGUAAUAUCUUGCCGGGUACAUGAUAUGAUGCUCGAUCUUAUAUUACAUAAGUCUAGAGAAGAGAAUUUCAUAACUAUAAUGGAUGAUAUGCAAGACAUGACAGGGCAUCAAAACAAGAUCCGCCGGAUCUCUCUCAACCUGGAUGAUGCAACAAAUGACACUGCUGACGCUGCAGCGAGAUCUGUCCAGCUAUCCCAAAUACGUACACUAGCAAGAUUUGGUACCUCCUCGCAGUUGCUCUCUUUUAAACUGUUCAAGCAUCUCCGAGUUCUAGGAGUUGAAAUUUCAGGAUGGCCCAAGUCAGAUCCAUUGCUAGACUUUACUGAGAUACGUCAUCUGUUUCAGUUAAGAUUCUUAAAGAUCGUAGCAAAAGGUUACAUUGUGGAGUUACCUAGUAAAAUUGGGGAUCUCCAGCAACUGGAAACGUUUGACAUAGGAAAUGGAAUAAAAUUAAAUGAACGAACACGGCUUCAGAAACUACCAUCAGAUAUUUUUAAUUUGAGCCGGUUGUUGCAUUUGGCUGUUCCUGAUCAUGUAAUAUUGCCUGAUAGGAUUGGUAACAUGAAAUCUUUGCGUACUCUAGGCCAGUUUGAUUUGGGCAACUCAUUGGACAGUAUCAAGGGUCUGAGAGAACUGACAAAUCUGACAAAUCUUGAAAUCAGCUGGGGCUACCGCUACAGUAAAUCUGGAGAUGAGACUGCUGCGAGAUGUUGGGAAGUUGUGCACGCCCUCGAAAAUCUUUGCAACCUCAGACAUCUACAUAUUCGUAGUGAUAAUGAUCUUGUCAGAAGCUGCUUCGAUGUAUGGUGUUCAGUCCCAGCUUAUUUCUUCCAUCUGCAAAGCUUCCAUGCAAAGUACGUACCGUGGUUCUCGAGGGUUCCAAAGUGGAUUGGCCAGCUCCAUAGCAUCUAUGACCUGUAUCUCACUGUUCAGGAGGUGUUGGAGGAUGAUUUUGGAAUUCUUUCACAGCUGCCCUCCCUUAUCCACCUGGUUUUGCACAUCCUUAGAACUCCUGAAGAUAAGAUCAUCAUCAUCCCUGGAGGAAGUGGAUUAUUCCCUGUUCUGAAGCAUUUUAGAGUCAUCUGUGGCAGGAUAUCGUACCUGACCUUUGAGGCAGAGACAAUGCCCAAGCUCGAAAGACUCGAGCUAUGUUUCAAUGCAAAGGGAUGGGACAGGUACGGAGCUGUGCCUGCUGGCAUCGAGCACCUACCAGGCCUCAAAGAAAUCUCUGUAGAUAUUGGGGGGUUCGGUGCUAAGGAAUCCGACCGAAGGGCUGCUGAGUCCGCGCUGAGGGACACGGCUGACAUGCACCCACGACGUCCUGUAGCCAACAUCAAGGUUUACAAAGAUGCAGGGUUGAUAUUUGAUGAGCCGGAGGAGGAGGAGGAGGAGGAGGGGAACGGUGGGAGCAGCAGCAGCAGCACAUGAUCAAGGCCAAGUACAAAGUCAUGCAGUUGCCUCCUUUUAUGAAUCUCCAGCAGCAUUACAUACUCGUAGCUGGUACCACGACGUUUCAGUUGGAUAUUACAUGUCUCUGCUGAAGAAAUCUAGACGAUACACACAUCUGUCGGCCGCCGACCGGCUCCAGUCUUCUCGUUUCAUGUACUACUGUCAGCUAGCUGUACUGUUCGUUUGAAAGUUGUCAUUAUUUUUCGAUGCUGCUGGUUCUGAAUCAAUUUUCAGCAUCACAGGCCUGUGGUGUGGAAUUGUUGAGUUAGGAAUAAUGAUGGAUGCUCAAGUGCUUUCUAGCUU